GCGGGGAAGAUAUGUUGCUAUACAAGGCCAAUAAUUGCCCAGAGCGGUGAUGCAGCCAGUAUCAUUCAAAGAGUAUUCGCCUCGGUAAUCCAUGAGCUAUUAUUCGCCAUGUUGCGUGCGUUGGAGGUUGUAUCAUGAUUGGAGAUCAGUUCUAGGGAAGGGUCGCUCUGGGUAUAAAAGCCGCUGGCUACUUCUUAACACAUUAAUCCUAGUUAGGCGACCUGAAUCUGCUCGCAAAAGGAUUACCGACAAUACACCAGAAGCAGUCAAUAAUGUCUUACUACACUCUGGCCGAGGGCUGUCCCUAUGCCCGAAACGAUACGAGCGUUCAGGUUCGGAAUGGAUCAGGUGGUGGAUUAGUUCUGCUCCAAGACACCCAAUUGAUUGAAACUCUGGCUCAUUUCUCUCGCGAGAGGAUCCCAGAGAGGGUGGUUCAUGCUAAAGCGGCUGGAGCAUACGGCGUGUUUGAGUGCACUGAUGAUUGCACCGAUAUUACAUCAGCUAGCUUCCUCAACACGGUUGGAAAAAAGACUGAUGUCCUAUUGCGUGUUUCUACCGUCGGGCCUGAGAGUGGCUCUGCAGAUACCGUCCGUGAUGUCCAUGGCUGGGCGAUGAAGCUUUAUACCGACCAGGGAAACCAGGAUUGGGUGUUCAACAACACGCCCACAUUCUUCGUCCGAGAUCCGAUCAAGUUUCCAUCCAUGAAUCGAUCGCACAAGAGGCACCCAAAAACCCACAGACCUGAUCCAAAUAUGUUUUGGGACUUUCACACGGGUAAUCCUGAAGGUAUUCAUCAACUCAUGCACCUGUUCAGUGACAGAGGAACCCCUGCGUCGCUCCGGCAUUUGAAUGCCUACAGUGGACAUACAUACAAAUUUACCAAAGAGGAUGGUUCGUUUAAGUAUAUUAAGGUUCAUAUCAAAACCCAGCAGGGUAUCAAGAACUUUACCCGCGAGGAAGCUACAAAGAUGGCCGGAGAGAAUCCAGAUUUCCUGUUGCAAGACUUGUUCGACGCAAUUGAAAGCGGAAACUAUCCUGUUUGGCAUGUCUAUGUCCAGGUCAUGGACCCCAAGGACGCUGAAAAUUACAAGUGGAACAUCUUUGAUAUGACCAAAGUCUGGCCUCACCAGGACUAUCCACUCCGACAGAUCGGCAGACUGACCAUGAACCGUAAUCCCCAAAAUUACUUCACAGAUAUCGAACAGGCCGCAUUUUCGCCAUCGAACAUGGUCCCAGGUUUUGCACCUUCUGCCGAUCCAAUGCUUCAGGCGCGCAUGUUCGCAUAUCCAGAUGCUGCCCGCUACCGACUUGGUACAAACUAUCAAAUGCUUCCCACCAACGCGCCCCAUGCUCCGGUAUACUGCCCCUUCCAGCGAGAUGGGUUUAUGAAUUUCUCAUCCAACUAUGGUGAUGACCCCAAUUAUGUUGGCUCAUCCCUCCGGCCUACAAAGUUUGCUACGAGCUCGGCAACUCAGACAAGGCCCGUUGCUAGUACUAUAACCGAACAUGAGAAAUGGGUUGGGGAAGUGUGCAGCUUUACCAGCAGUGUUGACGAUGCGGAUUUUGAGCAAGCUGCUGGGUUGUGGAAGGUCCUUGGCCGGGAACCAGGCCAUCAGGAUAGAUUUAUCGAAAACGCGGCCUCAACAGUUGAGGGUGUUGAGAGCAAAGAACUCCGAUCUAAGGUUUACGACCUAUUCGGACGCGUCGAUCCACGACUGGGUGCUCGUCUUGAAACUGUGACUGAAGCAAAUAUCAAGAGCUCAUGAAGAAGACGUUGUGUUUUAGUGUUGAAUCGGUUUUUAUUCACCUGCGAGUUGAAAAUAUUGUCGACAUUGAAUAGGUAUAUUUCUUCUUAUCAAGAUGUUCCUCUUCGUGCAUGGGCGGUGCGAGAUCGCAGCAAAAUUCAGAAUAAAUUGCACCGUGUGG